CUCCAACUAUCACAUGGACACACAGCGCUGACAACAGGCUGCUUCAUCAAGGGUGGCUGGAUCAGGAGAGAAUGAGCAGGUUGCAGCAGCUGGUUUUUGUAGCCUCCAGGCAGGCUCUCAGGUGGCAGCAAUCCUCCCAGCAGUCCAAUCAGCCUCAGCACCAGGAUCUAAUCACAGCUACUGACUCUGCUGGAUAGCCACACCCACUCACACGCGCACACACAGGAGGAGAGGAGACCAAGUUUCUCAACAUGAACACUGCACAAAAUGACCCAGGGUCAUCACAGUGGAAUUACUAUUAGUCUAAAUUGCCGUUAUUCAUAUCUAAUCAUACCAGAUGGUCAGACUCUGCUGAUAGAUGUUUAAUGGUUUUAUACAUAUUCAUUCAGGAGCUCAAAACAACUGCUUUUAUAUUUUACUUGAUUUGUUGCUGCUGCUCUGCUGCAGUGUUUGUAAAACAUAUCCUCAUGUCAUUAUAUUUAAUGUAAGUCAACAAGAAUUUGAUAAACUUGCAAUUCAAUAAAUGUUUUAACUUCCUUAUAGACCAAAUAAAUAAGUCAAUCAGAAUAAUACAUGCUUCGAUACUUUGCAUGUGGGAUUAAACUUAUUUGAAUUCUAUUUGAAGUAAACUAAAAACAUGUUUCACUGAACUGCAGUUAAACUAUGCAUUAGUGACGUGUCAACAGCUCUCCUCUGAUUGGACGAUCACGCUUCACUCAUUCUGACCAAUCAGUGAGCAGCUGUGUUCCCAUAUACAGGGGCGUUUUUCUUUUUCUUUUUUCCAGUUGACGUUAUUCUAGUUUCUGCUUUCAGUAAGAAGCUUUUGAAUUCAGACAUGUCUGGACGCGGAAAGACCGGUGGUAAAGCCAGGGCUAAGGCAAAGACUCGCUCCUCCCGGGCAGGAUUGCAGUUCCCAGUCGGUCGUGUCCACAGGCUGCUGAGGAAGGGCAACUAUGCGGAGCGUGUGGGUGCCGGCGCUCCCGUCUAUCUGGCGGCCGUGCUGGAGUACCUGACCGCUGAGAUCCUGGAGCUGGCUGGAAACGCUGCUCGCGACAACAAGAAGACCCGUAUCAUCCCCCGUCACCUGCAGCUGGCUGUCCGCAACGACGAGGAGCUCAACAAGCUGCUGGGCGGAGUCACCAUCGCUCAGGGCGGUGUGCUGCCCAACAUCCAGGCUGUCCUGCUGCCCAAGAAGACCGAGAAACCCGCUAAGUCCAAAUAAAACUGGAGACCCACUUAUAAACACAAAGGCUCUUUUCAGAGCCAAACACUUUCCUCUGGUAAACGGCAAACAUCCUCAUGUGUC